GCAUUGUUGAAUUUCUCGUUUGUUUGUUUAUUUAUUUAUUGCCAUUACUAAACACUUGAAAAGGAAAAAGAUUGCAUGUAAGCUAUAAAAGUGAUGGUUGCAGACAUUAUUUCUAAAGAUAAAUAAAAUCAUAUGAAAGGUAAUAAAAGUCUAUAAAAAGAUCUUGUUGGCGCAUUAGGUAAUUAGGCAAUAAAAUGCCUAAAGUACCGUAUAAAGCUGAACCGACCAAAGAAGAUGAUGACGAUUACGAAAUUGUAUCGUUUGAAGAUUUUUGUGACAAGUCGCCUAGUACAAAAACAGAUUUGCUCACAUUAAAUGAUAAUAUCAAUUAUCGUGUUCACUACGAGGGCGACAAGGAUUUUAAAUAUGCAGAGGAGGGAGAGCCCUCCAGUAAGAAUGUGGGAACUCAUACUGAGACUUCCUUGAAUGGACCCAAGAAUGCUACAUACAAAAGAAAAUUAUCUUUCGCUCCAUUUGGGCGGACAGAUAAAAUAUCUCAUGGCUCCUUGUUCAGUGGUGUGAUACCAAAGCCUAAUGGGGAAUCUUCAAGAGAACACAGGUACGAGCGUUUCUCCCCUCGCCGUGGCUGGUUUAGCGGUGUAUGGGAGAAAAUAGUGUAUACCUUUCCCGGUAUAUUGGCUAUAAUGCUACUGUGUGCGCUCUGCGUGGCCGCCUGGUGGGCGGCGGCCGGUGCGCUGGGUGGCGGGUGGGGUGAUGACCAUUAUAGAAAACUUUGGGAGCGCGUACAUCCGGAGGAGGUGAAGAAAUUGGAAGUUGUUGAUAAGACUCCACCAACUGAAUACCGCUAUCAUGACCACAACAACCUCUCCACUAAGAACAAGAGUAACGCUACUGACAUCACAAGGAAGAAGGAUACAAAGAAAAAUAUAUACACAGAGAGACCGGCAGAGAUUGUGAAGGAACUGUGUGCUCAUAUAACCAACGACAGCAUGCGUUUCGACUGUUACCCACAAAAUGGCGCUAAUGAAAAUGGAUGUAUUGAGCGAGGGUGUUGCUGGAACGCAUCCGCUACACCGGGCGCCCCCAUGUGCUUCUACCCGCCUCAGUAUGACUCGUACCGCUUUGACAACAGUACGGAGAACAAACACGGGUUGACUGUGUACUACGCCAGACUAAGGGAUACAAAGUACCCCGGACAGUUCAAUAGCGUCAGGGUUGAUUUCUACUAUCUGUCUGAGGAUAUGCUGCAGAUUAAGAUUUCAGACGCCGACAACCGCCGAUUCGAGCCCCCGUACCCCGAAAUACCGACAGUAGCGGGGCCACUAGUACACAUGCAGUACAGGGUUGUGGCGGACAGCGCGCGAGUAGGGUACAGGGUGGUGCGGACUGCCGACAACGUGACCAUUGUGGACACAACCGUCGGUGGAUGGAUACUAUCGGACAAGUUUCUGCAGCAUUCGUCACUACUGCCGACACCGCACGUGUACGGCCUCGGGGAAAAGCGGAGCAGAUUACACAACGACAUGAACUGGAAUACCUUCACGCUGUUCAACAGUGACCAGCCGCCGGAAAAUAAUCGGCCGCUAUACGGCUCCCAUCCAUUCUACUUGGCGCUAGAGAAGAACGGCAACAGUCACGGGAUGCUACUACUCAACUCCAAUGCCAUGGACAUAGUCCUCCAGCCAACCCCGGCUAUCACGUACCGAACGCUCGGCGGAGUUCUAGACUACUACAUAUUCCUCGGGCCUUCACCCCAGGCCGUGGUCUCCCAAUACACCAGCCUCAUCGGCCGACCCGUCAUGCCGCCGUAUUGGUCGCUCGGAUUCCAUUUGUGCAAAUACAAUUAUGGCAGCCUCAAUGCAACAAAAGAAGUGUGGCAGAGGAACAGAGAUGCUGGCAUACCUUUUGACGUGCAAUGGAACGACCUGGAUUAUAUGAGUACGGCCAACGAUUUUACAUACGAUAAAGAGAAAUUUGCUGGACUACCGCAAUUCGUCGAUCAGCUACACAAGUAUGGGAUGAAGUAUGUUAUAUUGUUUGACCCUGGUGUUAGUGCUGCAGAGAAACCCGGGACUUAUCCACCCUACGACCGCGGUUUGGAAUUGAAUGUGUUUAUCAAGAACUCUACAGAUCAACCGUUUAUUGGCAAGGUAUGGAACCCAGUGUCGACAGUAUACCCGGACUUUACUCAUCCCAACGCAAGCGUCUACUGGAGAGAGAUGUUUGCAGACUUCCAUCAGAAACUAAAGUUCGAUGGCGCUUGGAUUGAUAUGAACGAGCCAUCCAACUUCCUCUCCGGGCCGAUUAACGGGUCGUGUGCCCCACUCAACCUACCCUACACCCCCAAGAAUCUGUACCCGGAGAGCCUAAACCACAAAACGGUCUGUGCGGACGCCUCGCACGCGGCCGGCGCUCAUUAUGACGUGCACAACCUGUAUGGGUUGACUGAGGCUGUGCAUACGCAUAACGCCCUGUCGGAAAUCCGCGGUAAGCGUCCAUUCGUGAUAUCCCGCGCGUCGUUCCCCGGGCUGGGGCGGUACGCGGGACACUGGAGCGGCGACAUCGACUCCUCCUGGGACGAUAUGAGGAUGUCCAUACCGGACAUACUGACGUUCAGUUUAUUCGGCGUGUCUAUGAUGGGUGCGGACAUCUGCGGGUUCCGUAACGAUGCGACCCCUGAGCUGUGCCGUCGGUGGAUGCAGUUGGGGGCUUUCUACCCCUUCUCGAGGAACCAUAAUUCGGAUUCGUCCAAGCCGCAAGAUCCGGCGUACUUCGGCGGCGCAGUGGCCGCGGCGUCGGCGCGCGCGCUCCGCCUGCGCUACAAGCUGCUGCCCUACUACUACACGCUGUUCUGGCGGGCUCACCUCUUCGGCGAGACCGUGGCCCGACCUCUGUUCCUGGAGUUCCCGCACUGCGACAAAGUCCACGAGAUCGACACUCAAUUCCUCAUAGGUCCUUACAUUAUGAUAUCCCCCAUAUUGGAGCAGGGGAAGAAUACUACCAAGUCUUUCUACCCGUGUGGUAGACCAUGGUACAACGUGAAUACUGGUCAGCAAAUCAGUAGCGGGGGAACGUGGCUGGAGAUAAGUGAUAAGGAUAUGGUCGCUGUGCGGGAGGGUGCAAUACUCCCCCUGCAAACGGCGCGCGGGCCCGCACCGGUCAACACGGAGCGCGUUCGCAGCGGCCCGCUGCAGCUGCUAGCGGCCGCCGGGGUGACGGUCGCCGGGGACACCGCCGCUACAGGCGAACUGUACUGGGACGAUGGGGAUAGCAUCAAUAGCUACGAGGAGAAGAAGUACAGUCACAUCGAGUUUGAGGUUGUGGACAACGAGCUCCGGAGUACGGUGAAAUGGUGGGGGUACGGAGUACCAUCGAUUGAUACCAUCACAGUGCUCGGACUACCCAAGGUCAAAUCCGUUACCGUUAAUGGUGAAGCAGCCAACUUCACAUAUGGCGCCAAGACGCAAAUACUUUGUAAUGCAUGUGGGGCGAAGGGCUGUGAUCGCCAUGACCCAGACAUGGCAGCAGAGCCCUGGAAUGGGCUACAGAUACACAAACAGUUGGAUCAAGCAAUAGAAGAUUUUUAUAAUACAAUUUUGGAACAAUUUAUAAACACAUGGUAUAGUAAAAUUACGCUGCAGCCAUUUUUUGUGGAUGAGUUAAGACAUCAGCUCCGAUAUGCUUCUGCAUCUCUUGUGAGAAGAGCAUUGAAGAUAAACUACGCGCGUUUGAUUAUCGAUAGACUGGUGCCGUGUGCGUUGCGGCACGUCACACUUAGUGCGGAGUGCGUGCGACCGGUGCACGUCGCAGCGAGCAAUAGAGACGCGGAACUCCGGUAUUUGCGGUGUCUGACGGAAACUGUGUUGCCGUAUCUGUUGAGGAACAGUGAAGUUCAUAAUCCGAUAUUCAAAGUGUUAGUACGCGAGAUAUUCUCUGGCUGGGUGCUGCUACCGCUGACAGACAUUUUGGCAGACCCGUACAUACUCAACACCCUCACUAUACUCGCUACUAGCGAUGAGAAAAUGGCGCCUCUGCCUGCCACACCUAACUACGAGGUGGAGUUUUUAGAGAACUUUAUCCGUCAGACCGACUCGGUAUACAGUCAGAGGCCCAGGCUGCUCCGGAUUGACCUGGAACUGCUCAUCUCCAGCCAAGACUACUUCUACACUUUCAUGCAGCAUCUCAAGACAACAAAUAAUAUAUAUUUGCUGCAAUUCUAUAAAGAUAUCAAAUCAUUCCAAAGCCAAAUCCUUAACCCAGAUCUCAGUGAGUCGGAGCAAAAGAGUUUGCAUGCCGAAGCAAAGCGUUUGUACAAACAUUACUUAUCCACUGAUGUGCCCCGAGUCAACCUACCACCGAGUUUGCUGCAGGAACUACAGGAGUUGUUGGAUGGAGGUCCCGAGUGUGUUAAGAGAUUGCAGACCAGUAGAGCAUUGUAUCAGGCCGCUAGGCAGUCACAUUCCGCGUUAGAAAAGUUUAUGCUGCCUAAAUUUUUGCAUAGUGAGGAGUUCUAUAAACUUUUUAUUGGACCAAGGAUUCCUACAGGAUAUCAAAAACAAAUGACAAAGAGACCACACGACAAAAACAUAUCCAAAGUGUCAAGCCGUGUUCGAAGCACACGGAAAGACCUGGACGGCCAAGUUUUGGAGACGGACGAGCCAGAUAUAGAUGUGGAUAUACUGAAGUAUCUAGACUCGUUGGCUUCCGAUGAUGUGGGGGGACAGGAUCUGAGUUCCUUCAAGGUCGUGCUGACCAAUGUGGAGUGUAGGAUGCAAGCGCCUCCCCGCCGCGGCACCGUCCGAGUGUUCACUCUGGGCGUCCACCGCGUCUGCCCCCACCCCCAGCUGUGGGCGUGUGAGCGCUCCGAGCAUGACUUCCACCUGCUGCGGAGCAAGCUGCUGGAGUUCCACGGAGAUGGGCUGAUGGCCGACCUGCCGCUGCCGUCCAGGAGAGACAACAGUCCACUAGAAACGCUGAGAUACAAAUACGAAGACUUCAUACAGCGGCUACUCAAGAUAAGUCUACUUCAAACUAGCGAGCUGGUCUACUCAUUUCUGACGGUGGACGGGGAUUUUUCGCUGGCUGUCCAGGCGACCACUCUAGCUACGGGGCCGGAUCUAGGCAAUAUUUACCAGUCAGUAGCCCACAAAUUGAGGAAGGAAAAGGGUCAACAUUUGGAGAGUUUCCUAAGGAAUUUACUAGUAUCAUCCGAUAAGGAGAGAUAUCAAGCAUUAAAGCAGGGCACCGUGCGUGAUGUAGAAGAAGCGCAAGAGGUGAACGAAGAUGAGUUCAUACACCAGAGCAAAAGAGAGAAACACGCGAGAAAUAUACAUAAUACAAUAUAUCAGAACAAUUUCGAUAUCGACCCAGUGGUUAUGGACAUAGACAGGGAUUAUCAAACCACUGUGGUUGGGUUUACACAGUGUGUUAUGUUUAUGUUGGUUAAAUUAGCGAAAGCGCCCGCUUUUAUAACGGGAGUCAUUGGAACGUUGCUGAGUAUAACAAGACUUCUAGUGGACGAGGUUUUCAACAUGUUACUUAACAAUACACUACGAGACUUACUUAACGAGAGGCGGCUAGCACACCUCAUACGUCUAGGGCAUAGCCUACUAUUCGGCAAGAAGUCCACACCACGUUCAGACGCGGAGUCACAGCGGCAACGCGCAUUACAGCACCUGACCGCGCUACCGGCCGCUACGCGCGUGUUCGGCCUGCAAGCUGCUGUUGUCACCACACACGAACAUCUACAGAACCCGACGCUUAAUAAACAGUUGGUGUACAAUUUGCUGGACCUUUGCGUUUUGGAGUUAUUCCCCGAACUAGCGAACAAUGCGAGUAGAGGCCGAAGAUGAUUUCCUCUGAAGAGAUUAACUUAGUUAUAACAUAGGUGUUAUUUAUUUAGCAACUAUUUUUGUAAAUCACGAGUGAUAUCAGGUAUUAGCAUUCUUAUUUAUUUUACACAUUUCAAAAGAUUCAUUUGUAAUAAAAUGUAAAUAAUAUUAAUUAAAAUAUUUUUAUAUUAGUUUAACUGAGAAUAGCAACUUUAUUAUCUCGAAAUAAGACAUCAAAAUAAAUUAUUU